AUGUUAAAACUACUUGUCUCAUUAAUCUCGUUAUUAGUAUUAGUAAAUGCCAAAUCAAUAUUAGAACCGAAGAUCGUACGUGGUGAUCAGGUCAAUAUAUCAAAAUUUGCCCACUCAGUAUUUUUAGUAAUAAAUAGUGCAGCUGGCAGCUACGUGUGCGGAUCUUCGGUUAUCAACCAGAAGAUACUCUUGACAGCAGCGCAUUGUAUCGACUCUUGUGUCAAUAAGUGUUUGGGUUCUGCUGCAUUUGCAGGCAAUGCUGAUAAGAGACGAGGUGACAAAAUACCAAUUUUGGGAACUGCCCCACAUAAAAAUUUCGACCGUAGCCGUAUACAGAACGAUAUAGGCUUGGUGUUGCUUGAGAAUCCUCUACAGUUGGGGAAGUUUGUCAAGAGAGUGGCGUUGACGAGAGUCGCACCGCCUCAGUCAACUGGAACUGUUGCAGGGUGGGGUUUGGUCAACGAAAUACAAAGUACUCACACCGAUUAUCUACACUCAGUUCAACAGACGAUUUGGAACCACGAGCACUGUAGAAAAAUGUUACCUACGUUACCAAAUGGUACUCUCUGCGCCGGAGACGUACAAAAUCAACGAUACGCAUCAGAAGGUGAUUCUGGCAGUGCCCUAAUCAUCAACCAAUAUAUCCAAAUAGGAAUAGUCUCUUACAAAAGACCGGAUAUAUCGAGAGCCAUUGUAGUUUAUACGGACGUUGCUUAUUUUUAUAAGUGGAUACAAUAUAAUUCGAAGAAAUUAUACUUCGUCACUCCUAGUCAAAUAGAACCAAAAAUUGUAUCCGGAUAUAAAACUAAAAUAAAAAGCCAUCCGUAUUCAGCAGCUCUUAUAAUAGUACAAGAAUCAUCUGCGUAUAUGUGUGGAGCUUCGAUUGUCAACCAAAAGGUACUUCUAACGGCAGCGCACUGCUUCGACGACGCGCUAAAUCAAAAAGUCAAAAGUAGAGCUCAUAUCGGUCACGUGAAUAAGCGCAUAGGACAUGUAAUAAGAAUAUCUAAACUAAUGAUUCAUCCCAAAUACGAUACAGUGGCGAUCUCCUGUGAUAUCGCGCUGGCUGGACUAAAAAAGGAAAUUAAAUUUGGCAGAGCUAUUAACAGAGUAGCUUUAGCUCAGCGGCGACAUCGUGCCGGUCCUGCUUUGAUCGCUGGAUGGGGAUUGCUCGAAGAAGAUCCGCAUAGAGAUACUGAAUUUUUGCAUGAAACAGGACAAAGAGUUUGGCCAAAAAGGGAUUGCGUGAAACUCUUGAUUGAAAUUCCAAAUGGAACAUUUUGCGGCGGUGAAGGUCCUGCCGGCGGAUAUCCUUCUAGAGGUGAUUCUGGCAGUCCGCUCAUAAUAGACGGAUACAUGCAAAUUGGCCUGGUCUCCUUCAAAGAAAUGAACAUAUCUACAUCCGUCAUCAUUUACACGGAUAUUACAUACUAUUACAAAUGGAUUACUAAGAAUGCUAAAGCUGUGUUUUGUGGAUAA